ACCUGUUUUAUCAACAGUAAAAUGAGGAUAACUAAAGUACUAGGACACGAUUUUAGACAACAGUACUAGUGGUAGAAAUGAACGUUUAUUUGUUUUUGGGACUUUUCGCUUAUAUAAAGGUGAACUGUCAAGAUCUAGGCACUUGUCCUACAUUUGACUUUGCAUCAGCAUGUGUUCUCGAUUUUGCUUUCCAUUGUAAUGACCAAGACCAAUGCCCAUAUGGAUAUCGAUGCUGUCCUCAUGGCUGCAAUAAACGAUGUGUAGCAGUUACAGUUAAUGGAAAACACGUAGGUUCUUGUCAGUCUGUCUUUGGUAGAGAUGGAAAUAAAUGUACAGUAGAUGGAAGUUGUGAAGGACACGAAAAGUGUUGUAAUGGAAGAUGCCAAACAGUUCGGCAACAAAUGUUAGGGUUCUUUUUCCGGUCGAAAAUUAAUUCGAAUUGA